UUUCGCGGUGUCCUGACUGUUUCAUCUUCUUCAUUUCCAGCCGUUUUGUUGUGUGGAAUUCUUACUGGAGAGAGGCGGCAUGGCGACCGUUCCAGUCCUUUGGGUGAAGAACAGGAGGUACAUUAAGAAGAGCGAAGGAGUCAGUGCUGUGCGGGGGAAGUGCUACUGGCCUGCUUAUCUUAAGAACGCACCUAAGAAGCUGAGAGGCUUCGUUUCUUCGCAGAAGAAGCCGGAUACAUCAACAUGGACGACACACGAUUGUGAGGUGUUGCAUUAUGCGUUCACCGUACAGGAGUGUGACGACUGGGUAAAGUCACAUUCGGGAGUCGAAAAUGAAGGAAUGGAAAGUGACGCUUCGAGCGACCACCCCUAUGCAAGGGAGAAACAGAAGAAGUUAAGGUUAAAGAGAAGGAAUGGACCAGCCAGUAGCUCGGAAACAUCAGACGACGAGCUGUUUGUGGCCGGGUUGGGCGACCUGCGGUCCAACCAGAAAGAUUCGCUGAGUACUAAUGCGGGUGCCGAUGUUCUGGAGAAUGUCAGUGACUCGGCAUCGCACGGUUUUGAGCGGAGUCUGACUCUUGACUUGGACUCUGAAGCCAUUGACGAUGACACCCACGUAGUACUACUCUCUGAAAUGGCGCCUGUUAGUCCGUUGAAAAGAAGCAACGGACAAAGUCCACGUAAGUCGCCUGAGAAGCGUAAUGUGCAGAAGGCGACUGAAAAGCGGGGUGUCUCUACGCCAGACAAAGGGACAGCCAGGGCUACACCAGGGAAGGCCAGGGCUACACCAGAGAAGGCGACAGCCAGGGCGAUCCCGAUCAAGCGCCAAGUGCUACAGACUGGAGCCCAUUUACCACCAGCGUCGGAAACUUCCAGUCCGCUGAAAGCGCAGAAAGGUGUCGGUGCAUGUAACUCACCUGGGAAGCGUACCGUGCCACAGAAGACGACUGAGUGUCGAGGUGUCACAACACCCGAGAAGAUGCCAUCCAGGGUAUCCAAGGGGUCUCCAAGCAAGCGUGACGCGGUGCAGACUGGUGAGAGAAGGACCCCAUCUAAAUUGUCUGGGAAAGAGAGAGGAACACCGAAGAAGUCUCAGAAGAGUGCUCCAACUCCCGAAAUAAGUACAAAAUCAGUGACUCCACAAAAGAGACAGGCGUCACCUACUUACCAAAUGGAGUCUGGCAGCAGUUCGUUUAGCUGCAGUCAGAGUAAGAGACCGAAGCAGAGUCAGAUCACCAAAUUUGUGACGAGCUUCUCUGAGAAAGAGAUUGCUCAACACUUGGACGAGGUGGACAGAGAGAUUCUUGCGAUGGAACUCAGCGAUACGCCGGCUAGGAGUGCUUCUCCGGCCACGUCAGAUACCAGUUUCGAUACGCCGUUUAAGUUGCCUCUCAGGCGGAGUGCAUUAAGUUCGGUAGCAAGUCCUUUUCUGGCCAUGAGUCCUUCAUUCCAUGCAGCUCUGAAGUCGAUUGAUGGCCAGAUUAAAGAAAUAGCCAGGCAGCUUCAAGCUCUGGACAAAAUGGGCACCAAUAUCGGGAAGAUAAUGACAUGUGUGCUGCCUCCGCUGGAGACGAAUAUAGCGGAGGACAUCCCUGAGCUGCCUUUAUCUGAUAAGAAUGGCGAAAAGGCAAUGAACGAACUGCUUUUGAGAGACAAGGGCGAAUUUAACAAAGUUGUUACGUUCCUAUACGGACUGGGGGGUACAAAUGCAAAAGAUGCGGUGUACUCUGUGCUAAAGACACUUUUCACUGAUCAGUUUGCCUCUUCGAAGAGCAUGAAGGGGAUACGCAGGGCUGGCAAGCCGGCAAAGGACGCCUUUAUGGGGACGCCCCUCUUUAAGGCUCUCAUGUGUGCUGUCCGGCGAAGAUUUAAGGAUACCACAGUAACCGAUGUCAUGGAACUCACUGGCAACUGGCUUAAGGAUGCGCCAGGCAGGGAGAAGAAGAGGAGGAGCAGAUGUGAAAGCAGGGAAUCCCUCUUGCGGCAGUACGACGAAUCAUCGGAUUAAUGGAGACACAAAGGUACGACAAUAACCUGUAAA